AUGCCUCCCUCGUGCGAUAUAUACACCAUCCAGGGGAAUGAUACCUGUCACUCCAUUGCGGUCGCGCAACCCGGCUACGUAACAGUAACCCAGAUCCAAGCCUGGAAUCCGAAUUUGAAUGCACUAUGUACAAACAUGAAGCAGCAGGAAGGAAUGCAAAUAUGUGUUAGCCCACCUGGGCAGACCCUUGAUGAUUCGAGUGUGUCAGCCACUGCUAGUAAUACAGCCCCACUGGCCACAAUAGAAGCACCUCGUCCAAGCAAUCUUGCAAAUGGAACCAUUACUCACUGUGCUAAUUACUAUGUGGCAAAGAAAGGCGAUACCUGUGACAAAAUCACAAAAAUAUCUCCAAGCUUGAAAUCAGGGGAUUUCCAAUUCCUGAACCCGGGACUAGACGAAAAUUGCUCGAACAUUAUACCUGGGGAUAACUAUUGUGUUGAAGCAGUGGGAGAUAUCAGCACUUACACAGGUUACGGUAUUGCAACUACAGGUGAAUGUACCGGAGCUGGAUCGCCAUCAACCUGCUACGGAGACUGGGCUACGCUAUCUCCCGUACCGUUCGGGGGAUAUGGAGAGUCCAAUGCUUCCUCGACGAGGUCUUCUUCCCGACCGGGCUCAACAUCAACUCCUACUAGACCAAAAUACACCGCGAUGCCAAGGGCCUCGGGGACACUGUCAUCAUCCAAGUGCGAUAAGUAUAUCGAAUACAUCAACGCUGGUCGUGAUGAGAUAACCCAAAUAGUCAACGGCUGCAGCUCGAUUGUUCAAUUCUAUGAUAUCAACGUUGAUGAUUUCGUUAAAUGGAACCCGAGUCUAAAACGUGACAACUGCAAAUUAUCGAAAGGAUACAGCUAUUGUGUCUCUCUGAAGAAUGCUGGCAGUACCACUUUGUCCACCUCAACUACCGAGUCCUCUUCGACGAAUACUGCAGUUGCAAGCGAGUUCCAAACAACUGCCGAUGAACCUGAUCCUACUUCAACCGAGCCCACUCCAACUAGUACCGGCGUCGAAACACCAACACCCACUCAAUCUGGCAUUGAUUCGAACUGCACCAAGUUUUACAAAGUUGUUAAAGACGAUGGGUGUUACGCUAUUGCCAUACAUAAUGGUAUCACGCCAGCUGAUUUUCACCAGUAUAAUCCUGCGGUGAAAAACGACUGCUCGGAAUUAUGGCCGGACCACUAUGUUUGUGUGGGUGUGACCAAUGGGGCUUAG